CCUGCGCCGAGCAAGUUGCGUGUGCGCGUCGCGUCGUGUUUCGAGAGAGAAAGAGAAAAGAGUAAAACAAAAUAAAGAAGAAGCAAACGCGGUCUUGAGGUUUAAAAAAAGUUAAAUGGAUGCCAGCGGUGCAAAUAAAAAAGGCGUCGUAUUUGGGCAUUUUUUUGUGCGGAAUUUAUUCGUUGCGUGUAAAGUUAUGCGUCAGUGCGUUGUGAUUUUUGAGUGAAUUGUUUUCAAAAUAGAUCAACUUCCAGUUGGAUUGGUUUGAGCCAAAACAAGAAGAAACUUGCGCAAAACAGAGGGGAGACACACAAAUAAAAAUGGAUACACCAAAACGGAUUAAAACGUCACUUUCAUCACAACAGUACGUGAGCAGUCCGCCUUCCGGCGGUUCGGGCAAUCCGGCCACCAUGUUCGGACCGUCGUCCUUUCCCGGAACGCCCGGCAGUGACUCGAAGCAGUUCCACCAGUACGGUUCUGGUGCGUCCGGCGGGGGCGUCCUCGGGUGGCCUCCCGAAAGCCUGACCAGUCCGGUUUCGGCGUGCGGAUCGCCUCCGUCCGGAACCUGGAAGAACCAUCAUCAUUCCGGUGGUGGCCUUAAUGCCAGCGGUUCCAGCUCGGCGGAAAAGCUCGAGAACAAACGGGGCCGGCCCCGAUCGGAGGCACUCACCACGUUGAUGGUGGAAGGUUCCAUUUCACCGUCGGCGAUCAAGUGCCGUUACUGCAACCGGGUCUUCCCGCGGGAGAAAUCUCUGCAGGCGCACCUGCGGACGCACACCGGUGAACGUCCCUACCAGUGUGAUUAUCCGGGUUGCACGCGCGCCUUCACCCAGUCCGGCCAGCUGAAGACGCACCAACGACUGCACACAGGAGAGCGGCCGUUCAUCUGUUCCGCCGCCAACUGCCAGAUGAGGUUUACGCACGCGAACCGCCACUGUCCGGACCACCCGUACGAUACGCUGAAGCGGUGCGACGACUUUGUAAUCCAGUCCAUCCCGGAGCAAAACAGUGAAGUGCUCAAGUGGCUCGAAAAGUACCGGCUCGAGCGGGAGGACCGGACGCCGACCCGGAAGACCCCGAAGCGGAGUGCUAAUCAUCAUCACGGCGGCGGAAGUGCGUCCCAGAACGAGAAUGAGAAUCGAUCAGGGCCGAUGAACAACGAGAACUACGCCGGAAGUGCGUUCCAGUCGCCGAUUACGCCGCGGUCUCCGUUCAAAAGCCGAAAGGGGUUGAUGUGCGAGCUGGACAUGAACGCCGGGCUGGGCCUGGCCGCCAGUCCGAUCACGGCUAAAUCCAAACCGAACGUCCCCAAGCUGAUCCAGUGGCAGGAACCGACCAGCCAAGAGGAGGACGAAUCCGGCGAUGAAUGUGCCGUUGCUGGCAACGGCGUCGGCGGUCCCCCAACCCGAUUCACGUUCAACCCCAAGAAGCGAUGGCUCCGGGAUGCGUGGCAGGAAGAUCUGGCCAAACCGCUCGAACCGAGCAUCAUCUCGCCGCAAGUCCUCUCAAGCACCACCUCAACGGCCGCCCUCAAGCAACAGCUCAACCAAAGCACCGAGUCCCAAACGACGACGACGACGAUCCCGCCAAACCCAAACCAGAUGCGUCCGACGGUGCUGAUGGUGGCCAGCAAGGACACGGCACGCCCGCUCAACGAACCGCCCAUCGAAACCAACCGCAAGCUCCAGGGUGCGCUCGCCCUCAUGCAGCUGGCAACGGAAGACUCCGCGGCGUUCGUCGGACAAUACCCAACUGACCUGCUCACCACGACGAAGGAAGAACCGACGCCACCUCCGCCACCCACAAUGCAGCAACGAAUACCGCAGAUGCUGUCCUACCGACCCGGCGAGAUCGACCACAGCAUCCCGUUCACCCUAGCUGCCGAAGCCUACGUAAACUAUCAAUAGCUAGAGAGCGGAGAGCACGCAACCAUCUCUUCAAACGACGAUCUCCACAAAGUUCUUUCUUUCGUCCCCACUAACUCUUAACAAUUUAAAAAACAUUUAUCCAAAGAGAAAGAAGCAAAUAAGGGUAAAACGCGCGCCGCGCGGCCGACCUUCUUUACCCUGUGAUUUUCCCUGUGUAUCUUAACGUUUAAGUAUUUUUUUUCCUCUUUCUCUUUCCCUACUACCCACUAACACUGAGUUGAUUGAUUUUAACAGUCUUUAAAUUUUAACAAAAGCUCCCAAAUACUUUUAAAUUUUCCUCCCCCAAAUGACGUAACGCGUAAAAGUUUGAGAUUUAGCGGCAGUGAAUGAGACGUGACCCGCAGUCGUCGGAGCAAAAAGUCCUGUCUGAGAGCUAUUUAUUAUUAUUAUUACUGCUACAUAUUACUUUAUUUUUGCCGUUUAAUUUGGAUUGAUUUAAUUUUUAUGCGUUUUGAAGCACAGAAACGGAAUUGAUGAAAUACGGUUGAAAUCACAGCAUAUUAUUUUUUUUUAUUACUUAGUUGGUAUAGAAAAGUAUCUCACACUUAUAUAAUACGACUUGUUCCAGUGCAGAUAUGAAUAAAGAUUACUGUAAAGAUUA